AUGAAAUUUCCUUUCAGAUAUACGAGGUCUCAACUGGAGAUUUUCAGGUUUUCUUUCUGUCUCUUAGCACCAGUGGCAGUAAUGUACUACAUAGGUACUGACACCGAUAAAAAGCUAAAUGUCCCUGGAUUCUGGCCUGACCCAGAGACUCUGAAUAAGAUUCCUAAGGAGCCUUACGAAAUCAAGGCUGAGCUCGCUCGGAUGAAGAAGGAAAGACUUGAAAAGAGACUUCGCUUAGAAAAGAAAAUUGCAGAGGAAUAUGGUAUUGACAUCGAGGCAGAAAAGGCUAAAAUCAAAGAAGAGCUAGGUAUGAAUGGCUCUAAGCAGUGA